CCGGGAGAUAUCAGCGGCAAGCCCACCUGCAGCCUCCCACCCCCCGCCUGGGACCCAGCAGAGCCCAGGGACCCAGACCCCACCAGGCAGCCACCGGGAUUGAUCAGACAGAUGCCAAAAAUCUUAAACCCCCUGACCCGGGAGCCACGAACAUUCAGGCAGACCAAGGUACCGCACUCCACACCAGGUGUGGCAGGGAGAGGGGAGACGAAGAUCUAUAUCAUCAAAACAAGUCCCAGGAGAAGGGAGGAGUCAAAGGCCCCACCUGACAUAUACAGUCAUACACAAAUAGAGCUGAAACAACUAAUCGAUUUAAUCGAUUAUAAUCGAUUAUUAAAAUAGUUAACAACUUUUUUAGUCAUCGAUUAGUUGUUUAAUAAUCAUAUUUUACCGCAUAAAGUCUAUUUUUACCACAAUCUGACAUCGGUUACAAGCUGUUAAAUUUGCCACCAGUGUGUGGCAGUAAUGAGCCACUGAUCUACCAGUGGAGCCGUAGAAGAAGAAAUGAGCCAAUGAGUGCCCUCGGUUUUCAUGACGUAUCACGUUACUGACGCUCAUCCAUAGAAUGCGCUCAUCUUGCUGUGAGAGAUGGCGGAACAAGAGGAAAUACGGAAGAAAAAUAGAAGCGACAAAACUUUAGAGAAACCCCGGACAAAAACCUCACGAGUAUGGGAGCACUUCACUAGAUAACUUGAAAAGGCAAAAUAUGCAAAAACCAUCUAGCAUGGCACGGAAGCACGACGUCCCUAAGUGAACAUUUGAGACGAAAGCAUGUGGGGGCUGAUGCAGCAGAGGAAGAGCACCGCGGUCAAGUGAGCCGUCAUUUGGAAGAGCCAGCCCGAAAAAAAACAAGCAACGAUGGACAACUACAUGGGGAAAGAGACACUCACCCCCCAGCAAUUCAUACCACUUACAAACUCUAUUCUAAACAUGCUGGUAAAAGACAUGAGGCCACUAUCCAUGGUGGAAGGAGCAGGCUUCCAGCUAAUGCUAAAAAAUUAUUCUGGACUGAUAUUUUGCACUGUUUAGCUCAUUUUAUACUGCUGACUGUGUUCAUGUGCAAUAAAAUAGAUUGCAGUCAACUGCACAAUUCUCUUAUGUUUUUUUUUCUUAACUGAAAUGCAUCCAUCACUUGUAUAGGUUAAAUAGCUAAACAAUAACAAACCGAUUAAUCGAUUAAUCGAAAAAAUAAUCGACAGAUUAAUCGAUUAUGAAAAUAAUCGUUAGUUGCAGCCCUAUACACAAACACAGUAAUACACUCCCUCUCAUGCUCACACAUACACAUGAAACCAAAGACUUCUAAAAAUGCAUGCCAGACACCCACUUAUGCUCCCUAUACACACCCUAGUCCCGGUACUGCUGCACAUUGGGUACAACCAUUACUAGAGUUUGACCCUUUCUGCUGGGGUGCUGAUGAACAGACUCCCCGCCCAACGCUGAGCCCAGCAACCCACCACCCCAGACCCCAACCAGACAGCCAGAUCUCCCUCUUAGCCUCCAGCCCCAGGAAGCCAAGCAACAACAGAGGUGUGCUAAGACCCCUAGUCUCCCUCCGCCUGCUCCAAUAUAGUUAGUGUUCGUUGAUGAGGUGUAUUCCAUGGCUGUGGUGAGCGGGCAGUGCGGGCAUUGUCUGCCCAUGCCAGUUGAUGCCACCACACCACCCCACUUGCACCCACAGCCCUCGGUGUCUAAGUGCACUUUAAAAUUGGAAGUGGCCACCGGCACCCUGGAGGAGGCUGAGAUAUCCCCCUGCCAAAUGCCGCUGAAUGUGCUCACUCCCAAGGCCCUAAGUGUGUGUUUGUGUGGAAUGUCGUCAGUGGAAGUGUAUAAGGUGCAAAUAAAUUGGGGGGCAGGUUGUCACAGGAAUGCGGAAAUGGGUCCAUACCCGCACUCCCUGAUAUGCCCACCCCCCCAAGUUCCUAUGUGUAUGUUUGUGUGAUGAUGUGAGGGAGCAGGAGGAGAGAAAUAUGCGGGGAUGGGGAGGAAUGGCUGGUUGGGCGUAGCCCUCCAGGGAGCCAAAAAUAAACUUUUGACAAUAUUACAUUCAAAUGUGAAAAACUACAAGUUUCUGUUAGAAACAUAAAACAGAAGUGACUCAAAUAUGCACUUUACUUCCACGUUUUAUCAGCAAAAAAAAGUUGAUUUGGGGGUGACUUGCUCUUUAAGGGCAAUUCUCAUCUGUUUUGUUUGAUCUCAUCUGUAGACAUUUAUUAUUAUUGGGGAUGUCAAACAACUAAUUUUUAAAUGUAAUUAAACAUAGGCUGUGAAUUAAUCAAAAUUAAUCACCAUUUCCACAAAUGACUGAAAAAAUACCAAAUAAACCAAAAGUAAAUGAAUGCCAUCCUCCUUGUGAUGAUGCCCUGGGCAACUGCCAUAAGUCACAUCAAAAAAUGCUGCUGAUCAUUCCAAUGAUCCCAAAUAGACUCACAUUAGACCACAUGAAAGCAACUGAACCCAAAAAUAUAUUAACCAGUAGGGCUGCUCAAUUAAUCGAAUUUUAAUCACGAUUACAAUCUGAGUUUUGAACGAUUAUAAAAAAACAAAACAAGCCGAUUAUUUGCUCCUCCCGCUUGCGCUGCCCUGAGUUGCAAAUGAAGCGUUCCUCCACAGUGUUGCCAACUUAGCGACUUUGACGCUAUUUCUAGCAGCUUUUCAGACCCCCUUCUUGACUUUUCAAACUUACAAGUACCUAGCAAACACCUCAGAAACAUCUCUGGGAACCCUUAGCUAUUUUCUGGAUAACUGUCGUCAACAUUUCCUGCAGGUUAGCUUAACAGCUCUCGGAGCUGGCUCCCUGUUGGAUUAACCAGAGUGAGUGACACACACACCGCACCUGCGGACUCCUGAGCCACUAAAAAUGACUAAAUGUGCGUGUGCGGCGCGCUAAACACAUGUGCAGCUUGCCCCGAUUGCUGUGAGACCGGGUUGGGGGUGUAGCUGUGGUUGGGACAAUUAUUACAUUAACUGAUGGACCUGUAAAUAAAUAGUUUAUAAAUAAGGUAGAAAUAAGUUCCUCACGCUGAUAACUAAUAACUAAUCUCUCUGAGGACACGGUGCUUGUGCACUCUCCUACAGCACCUUGACACGACUCAAUGUUAUGCAACAUUUUGUGAACAUCAAUUUCUUUGCAUUUAUUUGUUAUAAAUGUCACUGUAUAAUUCUUGCUGUCAGUAUUUGCAAGGUAUUGGUAUUUGGGUCUGUACUGGUUAGACUUACAUGAGUUAAACCAAGGUCUAUAGCCCUUGGGUCAUAGACUGUGAGCUAUAAGUAUAUUGGUCUUUUUAUACUGGGAAUCAGGAGUUAUUUUAGUGAUCAUCUUGUUUAUUAUUUUUGUCCUGAUUGUGCCCUGAGCAAUUUUAUGACUUAAUAAAAACAAAUAAAAUCAACAUAAAUUGAAACAUCGUCCUAAAUAAUCGUGAUCUCAAUUUCAGUCACCAUAAUCGUGAUUAUUAUUUUUGCCAUAAUCGAGCAGCCCUAUUAACCAGUAAAUAACUGCACUCUCACACAACACGCCUGUGUCACUCACGCAACCUCCUCUAGGGAGGCACCGCAGAGCCGCUCAGACUCCAUUACCCAACAUCCCCAGCGCCAGGCUUCCGGUUCACGUCACCCGCCAAAUCUAUUUAAGGAAGUGCCGCACAACACCGACUCACGUCGGCAUCAACCAUCAAGCAUUAACCAACCAGGUGCGAGGUCCGCACGGCUCCGCGCGGAAAAGUUGCGUCAUUUUAACAACUACGCCCCUCCACCGCGCCUCCGCACGGCCCAGAAUUUCCGCAAUGCACACCUCGGAAAAUUUCUAACCACGCGGAAAAACAUGGCGGACCAGCAAGAACUACUAUGGCAGAGAGGCCGCCCCCUCACGUCCAGACAGUCCAGGAGAAGAAGCCGGUAUAAGAGCAUUCCCAGGUCUGGUCACAGCCCAUGCCUUUUUUCAAGGAAUCAGGCUCGUGAUGGGACACGGACCAUACGCCAAACUGGUCGUAGUCUUCCUCUUUACCUCACUGGGUUUCAUGCUCCACACUGGGAUUCAGAAAUGACUUCCAGAAUAUUCUACUGGUCAUCAUGUAACAGAAACGACGUCUUGACGUGGGCCGCUGCUGUAAAAAGUGAGGCGCGAACCAGAAAAGCUUCUGCCGAUCACAAUUCAACAACGGAUUAUGAAAGAACGGAUAACGCUCGAAACACGCAGAUUCUUCCUGAUGUGAGAGUCUCUGCAGAGGUUUCUCCCCCACUGCCUGAUACUGUGCAAGAUGAUGCUGUGGCGUGGAGUUUGCUGCCCCCUGUCACCCCACGUCUCUGCAACUCCGAAGCUCUCUCCAACCUGUCGUCCAGUUUGGGUCACCUCACCUCUUCGCAACAGGAGGAGCUUUCUCAUCUAAUUCACUCUUUUCCGGAACUAUUUUCAGACGUGUCCAGUCAGACCCACCUAAUAACUCAUGACAUCAGCCUUACUGAUUCCGUCCCCGUUCGUAUGCACCCUGACAGGGCUAGUCCGAUGAAGAGGGAACUAAUGAGAAAGGAAGUAACUUAUCUAUUAGAACAUGGCCUAGCAAAGCCCAGCACCAGUUCCUUGAGCUCACCAUGUUUACUGGAAAAUAAACCUGAUGGCUCAUAUAGGUUUGUUACUGACUACCGCAAGUUAAAUGCAAAAACCGUCCCAGAUUCGUUUCCUUUGCCUCGUGUAGAGGAUUGUGUGGAUAGUGUGGGUUCAGCUACAUUUGUUACUAAACUAGAUCUUCUAAAGGCCUAUUGGCAGGUGCCGCUAACUCCGUUUGCAUCUAAAGUGUCUGCUUUCGUCACUCCAGAUAACCUGCUCCAGUACACCGUGUUGCCGUUCGGUUUGAGGAACGCCCCCGCUACUUUUCAGCGUUUUCAGCAAGAACUACUUCUUCUUCCGCCAACCAUGCAGGAAGAAUCACGCCCCUCCCAGAGACACCCUCUGUCGUGGCUGGAUGAUGAUGCAGAGAUGGUGGCUGCUUGUAAAUCUGUGGAAGACUCCCUCAUCUCAAAGCAACCAACAAUAGGAGCUGCAGCGACCAGGACGUCGCCAAAGGCUCCUGCUCUACAGCGGCUGUUGGUUUUCCUGCUCCUGCUGAUCCCUCUGCUUCUGAAUCCCCUGCUGGUCCGAUAGCUGCUUCUUCUGGCUCCACUACUCCUCCUGGUCCCUCUGCUGGCUUUUCUGCUGCUGUCCUGGACAAGGUUUUAAGGAACAGGACGGACCUUGCGAUGCCAGUCUCUCGGCCUGCUGCUACUCAGCCACAGCUUCAGCCCCAGGUGAAGCCUCAAUUUCAACCUCAGUCUCUGCUACAGCCUAGAAAACAGACUCCUGUGAGUUGUGAAACAGUUGUAGCCUCUUCCACCUCUACGCUAUCUGAAACCCCUUGGCACACAGUCAGGCCCAUUGUGCCUAAGCGGUCUCUGUUCAGUCCAGCUCCAGCCCUGCGUCGCUCCAGCCUUCUGCCAGUCUGGUGUUUCCUGAGGCCACUGCUACCUCGUCUCCAUCCCCAUCAUGGUCCAGGGACACGCUUUACAAGUGCAAACAGGAGCUUUCCUUCUUUGGGGAGGGAAAUAAAUCCAGGGUGCAAAACAACCCUGUGUGCACGACAGGUGACUCAGGGACACAAAAAAUACAAAAGGAAGAGCUUCUGUACUGUAAAAAUGAUGUCCACAUCAAAGGGUCUCACAGGCAUUUUAUUUAAAAGUUUUGAGGAGUUUAUGUUGGUUCAAUGUCCGUUUUACCGCGGGUGUCAAUACCGACACUCUGGCACAGCGCGUUACCUCCCGAUGAGCAGGGGCUUGUCACCUGCUGUCUUUAGGAAGCGACUACUCGAUGACAAACAUGAAAAGUCACUACAGAGCAGUGAAAUCGACUAGUUCAUACAACCCCAAGUUUGUAGUGUUCGUAUGUCCAAUAUUUUCAUCAAUCAGCAACUGAAGCGCUGCUACCUGCUGUUCUUUCAGUGGACUGUCAAAUUCUGGAAUCACAAUCACAACGUCCGCAACUACUCCAUAUUCAGCUGCUACAUCCCAGUCAAUGUCCGGCUCUUGAAUAUCCUGAUAAUUGGACCAAACAAAUUUAAACACCACAAUUAUUAUCAUUCCCUUAUUGCAUCACAGUUAUUAGCCAAUAUUGACUUGUUUAAACCUUAUGUGGAUUACCAAACUUUUCAAGCUAUUUUACCAGCUGAUCCAUUUAAGCAAAUGAACUUUAACAUUAAUUCCAAAUACUUUAAUUUGUUUCACAUUUGAUGCUGUUCACUUAGGACUCAUUCCUUUUUAUUUUGAAUGAAUUAAAAAGAAAUGCACCUCAACUUACUCUGGCUGCUGGGUCAGGUGACACAUCAUUCCUGUGUAUCAUAGCUGCUCAGGAGUUUUGUUUCCUUCUGUUCUAAGAGGAUGGUUGUUCCAGCCUUGAAGAAAAGCUUGUAGGUCUGCCUUCAAUUUAAGAUGAAACAUCAUGUGAACAGCAAAAUGAUCUUCUGUAAAAGAGUUAGAAAUUGA